AUGUCGCAGCAGUUCAAUGCAACAUUUUCAGUUGGAAUCCCUCCGUGGCGUUUCCCAGUUUUGUCUGAGGAUGGUUUACAUAUUUUUCAAGCACUGCACAUCGUGUGCAUGGUCAUUGUAAGCAUCGGCAUUGUAGAAAACGCUGUAUCACUCGCUGCACUUUACCAUAUGCGUCGACCAUUUCAGCCGCUUCAGAUUCUGAUCACUCAUCUAGCUGCCACGGACUUGCUAGUCCUCGUUCUUGCUUUAACGACCAGCUUCACUGUGGUCCACAUAAAGAACUCAUCAGACCCUGAGGACAAAUCCACAUUUAUGUGUGUUGUGGACGUUAUCCAGGACCUUCUUAUGUGCGGAGUACAGCUGCCGCUUGUCAACACUACGUUCAUCUUGAUCAACCAGAUCUUGGCUCUUACAUAUCCACUGCGAUACAAGAUUUUGGUGAGAACACGCGUUGUGAAAAUUAUUCUGUCGGUGAGUUACGCCAUCGUCGCCGUAACGUACAUCGCGUUUCACGUGGCAAAGUUAGCAACAACCUCCCAAGAGAACUGCUCCAAAUACUUCGCAAACGACUAUUCCGUUGCCAGUCUUUGGUAUCUUGCAGUCACUUGCACCACGAUGUGCCUCCUUAAUUUAAUUCUUAACGGAGUGCUGUUCGUCAAAGCGCGUGCCAUCAUAGGCAACACCGGCGUUUCCAGACAACGGGCGACAGAUGAAAUAGACACCGGUACGAGGCACAAUGACAGAAAAUUGGUGGUGACAGUCAUCUGGUUGUCAGGGACUGUGGUGAUAUUUUGGACCCCACUGGCUAUAACGUUCGGACUGCGGGCGUACAUUACGGGAAAGGAAUUCCUGACCAGCAAUGAAAUGGCUGUUGCGCACAUGGUAACGGGAACAGUAGGGAUGGUGAACGGUUUAUGCGACCCCCUGUUGUACGGCGUGAGACUGCCCGAAGUACGAGACGGUUAUAAAAAACUUUUGAGUAAAAUUCGAAACGCUGUUGGGUCUGGUACAGUUAGUCAAAGGCAGAGUCAAACGGUAGAAACUUUGAGCACAUCGCUGUAA